AUGGAAAGAAACUCCAAUGAUUUGGUUGAACUUCUACUUUCAAACCGUGCCACUGUCAAUGCAAAUAACCAUGAUGGGAAUACACCUCUUCAUUUAGCUUCAAUGAUGGAUGAUGACAAAGUCAUUGAACUAUUAAUUUCUCAUGGUGCUACAAUAAAUCCUUUAGGUAUAAUGAUCUAA